CUCUCUCUCUCUCCUCCUCCUCCCGCUCUGUCUCCUUCCGCGCUCUUUCUCUCCCUCCUCUCGGGAGACCCCUGACUCACUCUCUCGAUCAGGUAAACGUAAACCUGAGAGUUGGCCGCCACUUCAUGCCCGAUUCCUGAAUCAGUCGCGCAGGCACCAGCGAAACGAGCGCUCUCUCCUCGCCAUCGUUCUCAUCAGUCGUCUCGAUCGCGGUUUCGCCUUCGCGCGUUCGUCGCAUCUCGUCGCUCUCUUUCUGCCAGUCUCACGAGACCGAGUCCAGAGGAGCUACCGCGAACCCUUGCGGAUCGCGAUCGUCGGGUCCCGACCGAGUCAGGUCCGAGUUCUCGCACCCUCAGGCAGUCAUCAGCAGAGGAAAACGAUGGAGUCCUGGCUGAGCGACGUCCAGCGUGUGCGAAUCCCGCGACCCAAGUUCGGCAGCGGCAAUUCCGUGCGACGGUCGAACUCGUCGGUGCAGCACGUACGCUCGGAGAUGCACUCGCGGCAGGGUCAGGACGUGGCCAAGGCCACCGAGGAACUUCGUCAGGCUCUCCAGGACAAGCUCUGACCGACCGGCCGCUCUAGGGGACGAGAGCGCGGGAACACACUUCACGUACCUUGUUCGCCAUCUUUGUACCUGCCACCACGAAAACUUGCUCGACGACGACGAC